UGGUCCAUCCAUAACUCCAGCUCAUCAUUCAGAAUCUUCAUUACUACACCAAUAUAGACAAAUUUUAAUCAAAUUCAAUACAAGUGAGGAAGAGUACAUAGAGAAAGAGGAGGAGGAGGAGGAGGAGCAGAAGCAAAUGGGAGUAGAGUUAAGUUUAAUGGGCAAGAUGAUUUUGUCAGUAGUGGUGGGUGGGCUUGUUGGGUUGUUUCUCUAUCUGUACAAUGUGAUGUUGUUGAAACCAAAGAUUUUGCGGUCUAAACUUACAAAGCAAGGGAUUAGAGGACCUUCACCUUCUUUUCUCUUGGGAAAUAUUCCUGAAAUGAAGAAGAUCCAACUCCAAGUUAUUUCUGAACAACAAAAUAAAGCUGCUCUUUCACUUGCUCAUAAUUGGCCUUCAACCGUCUUCCCAUUUUUUGAGAAGUGGACUAAUGAAUAUGGGCCAAUGUUUUUGUAUUCAACUGGGAAUAUGCAGAUGAUAUAUGUAGCAGAUGUCGAGAUGGUGAAGGAAUUGAGCUUGUGCACAUCUUUGAGCUUAGGAAAGCCUUCUUAUCUAACCAAAGAACGUGGGCCAAUUCUAGGUCAUGGACUUAUUUCCUCAAGUGGCCUUCUCUGGGCUCAUCAAAGGAAGAUUAUUGCUCCUGAAUUCUACCUUGAUAAAGUCAAGGGUAUGGUGAACCUGAUGGUGGACUCUACAACGUCAUUGAUAGGACUUUGGGAAAGAAUAAUUGAAAGUGAGGGUGGAACUGCAGAAAUUAGAGUUGAUAUGGAUAUGAGAAGUUUAGCGGCAGAUAUAAUUUCAAGAGCUUGUUUUGGAAGCAAUUACUCUGAAGGUCAAGAAAUAUUCUCUGGGCUCAGAUCCUUACAGAAAAUCAUGUCUAAGGGAAUGGUUGGUGUUCCUGGCUUAAGAUAUUUACCCACCAAAAGCAAUAGAGAGAUAUGGAAAUUAGAGAAAGAGAUCAACUCAAUGAUACUCAGAGUGGUGAAACAAAGACUUGAGGCUUCCAGUGAAAAGGAUCUUUUACAAAUGAUACUACAAGUCGCCAAAAGUAAUAAUGAUGAGAGUGGAUUAACAUCUCAAAUCUCACAAGACAAAUUCAUAGUGGAUAAUUGCAAGAGUAUAUACUUUGCUGGCCAUGAAACUAGUGCAAUUACAGCAUCAUGGGUAUUGCUUUUAUUGGGUGCACAUCCUGAAUGGCAAGAUCGUGCUCGCUCUGAGCUGCUCAAAAUUUGUAGAAAUGGCCUUCCGGAUGCUGAUAUGCUUCCAAGCUUGAAAGUUUUGACAAUGGUGAUUCAAGAGACAUUGCGGCUAUACCCACCAGUGGGAUUUAUCCCAAGAGAAGCCUUGCAAGAUAUCAAGUUCAAAGACAUUGUAAUUCCCAGAGGUAUGGCCAUCCAUAUACCAGUUGCCAUGUUACAACAGAAUCCAGAUUUAUGGGGGCCAGAUGCACAUCAGUUUAAACCAGAAAGAUUUGCCAAUGGAAUUUCUGCUGCUUGCAAAACUCCACAAGCCUAUCUACCCUUUGGAAUGGGGCCUCGAAUCUGUGCAGGCCAACACUUUGCCAUUGCUGAACUGAGGGUGAUACUAUCUCUCAUUUUAUCAAAAUUUUGUUUCUCACUAUCUCCAAAAUACUCUCACUCCCCUGUUUAUAAUUUGGUUGUGGAACCUAAAUACGGUGUAAGUCUAUAUGUAAGGAAAGUAUGAACCCUUUGAAUUUCGGAGGUGAAUAAUAAAUAGGAGUCUCUAAGUUUGUCGCCAUGGCAGGCAUUUAGUUGUUAAAAUG